AUGAAGGCCUCUUCAACCAUCUCGCUCCUUAGCUUCGGGCUCUUGGGCCUAGCUCAGAGCGUAGUCCCUCUGCCUCAGGAGCCGCAAGACUUCAAAGUUCCCAGCGUCUCGGUGAAUGGUGGUAAAACCGAUGAAUGGGUUGCGCCAGAAAACCAAAACCCUGCGAUCAACGAUGUUAUAUUCUCGUGGUGCCGGGAUUACAACAUGACCAGCACUUGUUCUCAGACGACGCUUAAGCACAGCUGGUGUUAUGACCUGUCUGUCAUGGAUGCUGCUAUCAAGGAUCAGUUGGAGGAUGUUGGUGCGUCUGAUGGUAGAUGCAUGCUGUUUCGCAAGCCGGAUUGCAAGGGCGAACACACGGCCAUGUUUGUUGGCCUGCAUCUGUGGACAAAGGCCUUGUGUCCAAAGAGCAAGACGAGAUGGUACCGCCAGGCAACGUCGGUCCGCUGCUGUGCUGGCUCGCCGGUGGCGCCGUGGUGUCAUAGCUCGGUCAAGAAGCCUGAAAUAUGUGCCAAAAAUUGA